AUGAUGGUGUUAGUGUGGACAGAGCACCCGCCGCGUGCAGCGAGUUGGUCGACAACGAAUACGGCUCAAUUACUUGGACUGGCAGGAUUGACGAGAAGCGCAAUUGUGACUGGCAAAUCAGAAACCCGUCCGGAAAACCCAUCUUACUGCACUUCAAUAGAUUCAAAGAUUCCCGAUUGUCAGGCAAAGUACGUGUCAGUGAUUGAAGUGGAUGGAACCACUGAAACGGAGUUGGGCAAAUGGUGUGGAACGGAAGGUGACAAUGCGUGGCUAAUGUCGACUGGAUCAAAUUUGUUGAUUCGACUCCGCACUGACGAAUCGGUUGAAGGCGAUUAUUUCGAAGCCACUUAUGUGUCGACUAACUGUCAGUUUGAAUUCAGUGAUUCUUGUUCAUACAUCAAAUCCCCUCCUGAUGAGUUUUUGUCGAACGAACCCCUGAAGUGUCUUUGGAGAAUCCAGGUACCGAAGGAUUUCCAAAUGCGGUUGCAAUUUAAAGAAUUCAAUCUUCACAAAGUUGACCGCGCGCUAAGCCUGGAAGGUCAUCAAGGCCUCAUCGUUCGAAUUAUUGCUGGUUGGAAACUUGUAGGUCUGGAGUACACGGAUAACCUGGUUGUCAUCUCUAAAAACAACUUCAAAACACGGACCAUGUUGACCAAAUUGGUCAAAAGCAUAGAAUCUUGCGGCAUGCGCCUUCCAUCUUCACAUACCACUAACUGCAAAACCAAUGGCUUGCACAUACUCGGUGGAGUGUCCGGUAAAUUGGCUCAUAUUGAAGAGUUUUGUGAAAGCAGGGAAGUAUGGGACAGCACGUUUGAACAGAAAAAGUUGACCCUGUUUCUGGACACAAAUACCGAAAACACUCACAGGAUGUUCAAAGCCACUUGCGCCCCAGCUGCCUGUCAGUUUGAUCUCAGUAAUGACUGUGAAUAUUUCACCUCUCCGCCUGUUGGAUUUGAGACGGACCUACCCCUCAAAUGUCUUUGGAGAAUUAGGGUACCGGAUAAAUUCCAGUUGCGGUUGCAAUUUCAGGAAUUCAAUGUUGAUGGAAGUACCACUAACUGCAAAACCAAUGGCUUGCACAUAUUCGGUGAGGUGUCCGGUGAAUUGGCUCAUAUCACUGAGUUUUGUGGAAGCAAGACAUCGUGGGACACUACGUUCGAACAGAAACAUUUGACCCUGUUUCUGGACACAAAUGCCGAAAACACGCACAAUAUGUUCAAAGCCACUUGCGCCCCAGAAAAUUUCCAACGCACUAUAUCAGUUCCAACUGGAGACAUCAGUUUUAUUGGAAGCAAAGACAAGAUUCCGGUACUAGACGCUAAGUGGAUCCUGAAGCCGAUGGAUGGGAAGCGAGUUAUAUUAAAAUUCCAUUGGAUUUCACUUGGAGGGGUUAUUGCAGAUUGCGAAAGGAAUUAUGUGAAUGUGUACGAUGGUGAGACGGCUGGGGCCAACUUACUCGGAAAGUACUGCGGGACUAUACAACCUAUUCCGAUUGCUUCAUCGGGUCCACAUAUGUUGAUUCACCUGCAUCGUACAGAAGUCUUUACAAGUGAUCGAUUUGUGGCUCACCACACGUCAUCAAACUGCAUUCACGAAAUUCCCGUGAGCUCUGGAGAGAUAAGUUGGCCCAACGGAGAAAUACAAGAAACCGAAUGUAUUUUGAAGCUGCAUGCAGAUGAAGAGGCACCCAUUGAUUUGAGGUUCCAGAAAAUGCUGGUGGGAAGAGCUAAGGAAACUUGUGAGGGAAACAUGUUAGAAGUGUAUAACGGAGAAAGCACGAGUUGCUGUUUGGUGAAAGCCUAUUGUGGACACGCACGGGAGUUGGUCUUUCUGUCCUCCGAAAACAAAAUGGAGCUGAAAUUGUCCAACCUGAAAUAUCGUUUUGGAGACCAGUUUACUGCAGAGUACGAAGCACCUGAGUGUCAGUUUACUGAAACGGAGGCAUCAGGCUCAUUUGUGGGCCCACCAGCAGGUUUCGAGCACACGCCUUAUUUGAGAUGUCUAUGGAAGAUCAUACCAACUGAGGGCCAGUCGGUGUCCUUACACAUUUCCAACAUUCAAAUUGGCUGUAACCAGGGGGUUGUGAAGGUGUACGAGGGAACGUCCGGUCAAUUGAAUGAAGUUGGCAGUUACUGUGGUACGCCGCUGGAUCAAACGAUUAGAUCAAGUGGCAUGGGACUUACCGUAUACUUGAGCACCAGUGUGUCAGCUCCUGCGAACAUCUUUCAAGGCACAUACACGAUUGGUAAGUAG